GGGAUGUGCUUGUAGGCAGCGCAACAGGACCUGGCGUUCUGCCACUGGAUCAGCUGCACUUGUCCCCAGACGUGGCCAGAAAGUCUAUCCUCUCUAUAGUCAUUCUCCUUAUUCUGCCUCUCUGCCUACAAGACAGACUCGGGUCCAUGAAGGUCGCGAGCAAGAUAUCAGUGGCCCUGGCAAUUGCCUUCGUGCUGCUCGUGCUGCUGCUGUCUGGAGGGAAGAUUGCAGCUGGUGCUGCCACCAUGCCACCUCUCUUUGCCACGUCUGGCAAUGCCCUUGCCGUUUUCAGCGUCAUCAACGUCGUCACCAACGCCUUCAUAUGCCAUUUCAAUGUGACCCCGCUUUACAGGGAACUCAGGGACCGCUCUCUCCCCUGCAUGCGCAUGCGCUGCUCGGUCAUCAUCACCACCCUCGUCUACCUCCCAUGGCCAAAUAUCUAUACUGUACCUUUCCAUUCCAUCCCACCAGUGACCCCUAUUUACAGGGAGCUAAGGGACCGCUCCCUCCCCCGCAUGCGCACGGUCGUGCGCUGCUCGGUCAUCAUCACCACCCUCGUCUACCUCGCAGUCGGCAUUUUCGGCCUCGUGCUCUUCGGCUCUGAUGUACACACAGACGUGCUCUACGAUUUCGACACAAGCUUGGAUGUCGUUCCAGGAAUGAGCCCCGUGAUUGCGGCUCAUGCGGUUGCGCUGGGGCAGGGGGUGAAGGUGGGGUAUGCGAUUUCCAGAGUGCUUUCGCUGCCGCUGGCGCUGUUUCAGCUGCGGCUGGUUGUGGCGUCGCUGCUGUCGGCUUGUCUGGGAAGGAAAGGGAGAGGAGAGAGGGACGAGGGAAGAACCACAAGCAAUGGCAAAUCUGAAGCUGUAAAUGGGGAAGCUGGUUUCAGCAGCGGGCAGACAAAGGAGAGGACGAGGGUAAAUUCCCUGGAAUAUAUUCAAGUGGAUGGGAAUGAGGAUGGAGCGGAGGAGGUAGGAGAUGAGGAGGUGGGAGAAGAGAGGGACGGGGAGGAGACGGAGGAGGACGAGGAGGAAGGGGAGGAAGGGGAAGAGGAAGAGGAGGACGAGGAAGCAAGGCUUGAAGAGCUUCGACGGGCAGAAGAAAAGGCAACAAAAAGGCGGCGUUUUUGGCGUCAAGUCCCUUUGUCCCUCUUCUGCAACAUGCCGUAUGGUACAAUAUUCUCUGCUGUUGCCAGCAGCACUCAGCAAGUGCGGAGCAUGUGGUUUGUCAGAUCCGCUUCUACAGCACCCAGGCAGCACCUUAUACGGUAUCUUCAAGCAUUUGGUUCGUCAGCAGCAUGCACUGUAUAA